CUGCUCGCCCUCCGCUGGACCACUCCAACCUGGAGGGCUACGUGUUUGCCGGAUCCGCACGGCCGAGCCGAGCGAGGGAAAUGCUUCCUGCCCCGCCGCUCACCGGUUGAGGACGGGCCGCCCUGGCAGGGUGGCAGGCCAGCCGCGGCGCGGGGCGCCUGCCAGAAGGCGUGCAUUGUCGUUCUGUCCUGCGGCUGAAUGUCGGUUCCAGAGGAUGAAGAGAGGCUACGGCCGCUCGCCCAGAGAUGGCCCCGAGCGAGCAAGUUCCUUCUGUCUGGCUGCGCGGCUACCGUGGCCGAGCUAGCAACCUUUCCCCUUGAUCUCACAAAAACUCGACUCCAGAUGCAAGGAGAAGCUGCCCUUGCUCGCCUGGGAGACGGUGUAAGAGAAUCUGCUCCCUACAGGGGAAUGGUGCGCACUGCCCUAGGGAUUGUCCAAGAGGAAGGCUUUCUAAAGCUUUGGCAAGGAGUGACCCCUGCCAUUUACAGACACGUAGUGUACUCCGGAGGUCGAAUGGUCACAUAUGAACAUCUUCGUGAAGUUGUGUUUGGCAAAAGUGAAGAUAAGCAUUAUCCCCUUUGGAAAUCAGUGAUUGGAGGUAUGAUGGCUGGUGUUGUUGGCCAAUUUUUAGCCAAUCCAGCUGACCUAGUAAAGGUUCAGAUGCAAAUGGAAGGAAAAAGGAGACUUGAAGGAAAACCAUUGCGAUUUCGUGGUGUGCAUCAUGCAUUUGCAAAAAUCUUAGCUGAAGGAGGAAUACGUGGGCUUUGGGCAGGCUGGGGACCCAAUAUACAAAGAGCAGCAUUGGUGAAUAUGGGAGAUUUAACCACUUACGAUACAGUGAAACACUACUUGGUACUGAAUACACCACUUGAGGACAAUAUCAUGACUCAUGGUUUAUCAAGUUUUUGUUCUGGACUGGUAGCUUCUAUUCUGGGAACACCUGCUGAUGUCAUCAAAAGCCGAAUAAUGAAUCAACCACGAGAUAAACAAGGAAGGGGACUUUUGUAUAAAUCAUCAACUGACUGCUUGAUUCAGGCUGUUCAGGGAGAAGGAUUCAUGAGUUUAUACAAAGGCUUUUUACCAUCUUGGCUGCGAAUGGUAAAGUUAGGUUUUUCCUUCCUUUGUUUUGGUUUCUUUUUAGUUAAAUUCUUUUAAUCUGUGAAUAUUUUCCCUUUUCUCUUCUGGUUUUUGGCAUGGCUCUACCCACAUACCACAGUUGGUUCUCUCUUUUUCCACAUCUCUUUUGGUUUUCCUUUACUUCUCCUUGGAGUCCCACUGCCUUUCUUGGCAAAUUAAGGUAAAGUAAUUCAAGUUGUAUCCAGUAAUGCAUAGGUUGAUAUUCGAUUGUUGGAAAGCCAGCAGAUAGAUUUGUCUGCAAUGCAAAGCCUUUUGUACUCUCUUCAGCCAAAAUACCAUAGUUUGGAACACAUAUAAGAUUUCAUACUAGAGACCAUUCCUACGAAAAUUACUGUUCUAAAUGAAAGUGGUAGCUUUGAUGGCAAAGGUAGCAUUACCCAUUAGUGCUUAUUACCAAAUAGCUCUGCUCAGAAAGAAAGUAUUCUGCCAUCUUUAUUUAGUUUGCAUGUUAUUUUUUACUGAAGUAAAUUGAGAUGUAGAAUUAGGUAGACUUACCUAAGUAAUGUAACAUGUAUAAUAGAAACAAGGUAUUCAAGUAUUUUGUAAGUUAGGACAUAUUUGAAAGAAUGAAUUGUGGGUUUAGAAACUCAACCAAUACUUUAUACAUAUAAUAUAGUAAUAUUAAUUGAGCACCCACUCCAUAUAAAGCUCUGUACUCAAUGCCUGGCUUUGGGAUGAACAGAACAGUCUCAGUCCCUGCUCUGGUGCUAGAGCAUCUUGUCUAGGUAAGGACAAACACUGAAUAAGAAACUAGAAGUGGUGAAUGGUAGGCAAAGUGCAUGGUAUUAUGGAAAUAUAUAGCAAGUAAGUAUAACUGAGGCUGGAGAUUAAGAAAACUUCCUUGAA